AUUGUUCACAUUCCCAUUACCUUCCUCACCCCCCUCUCUCUCUCUCCCUCUCUGACUCUGUCACACAAAACAGAGAGAGGAGACAAAACACAAAAAAACAUGACAAACGCUUUUACUUUGGUAACACAACAAUACAAAGCGUUGCUAAAAAAAAACAUAUUACUCUCAUGGCGAAACAAAAGAUCAAUUCUUCUUCAACUCAUGUCACCAAUCUUCUUCAUUUUCCUUAUCUUCGCCAUAGACAAAGCAAUAAAAGCACAGUCAUCAACAACUUCUGCAUUCAAAUCAAUCACAAACCCUCCAUUAAUUCCACCUCCAUCAAUUAAACCUUGUGAGGAGAAAUUCUUUGUGCAUAAGCCUUGUUAUGAUUUCAUUUGGAGUGGUGAUGAUGAUCCAAAGUUUCAUACGAUUGUGGAGAGGAUUAUUAAGAAUAAUCCUGGUAGAGAAAUACCUGUUGAAAAGGUGAAGAGUUUUCGUGAUAAGGGUGAAGUUGAUGAUUGGUUGUUUAAGCAUCCUUUGAAAUGUCCUGUUGCUGUUCAUUUUGGUCAAAAGAAUGGUAGUGUUAUUAGUUAUGGGAUUCAGACUAAUUCUACUAGUGUUCAGAAACGUGGCCAGUAUGAAGAUCCUACUUUUGAUUUUCAGUUGCCUCUUCAGCUUGCUGCGGAGCGUGAAAUCGCUAGGUUUCUUAUUGGAGACCCAGGCUUCAAGUGGAAUGUGUUUUUCAAGGAAUUCCCGCACCCAGGAAUUGCUCCUUUCUCUACAGUUGGAUCAAUGGGUCCAACAUUUUUUCUUGCAACUGCUAUGUUUAAUUUCGUUCUUCAGAUGAGUUCAUUGGUGACAGAGAAAGAGCUUAAACUUCGCCAGGCAAUGACCGUGAUGGGGCUUUACGACUCUGCAUACUGGUUAUCAUGGCUAACCUGGGAAACAGUUGUUACAAUCAUAUCAUCUCUUCUCUUAGUUCUCACUGGCAUGGUGUUUCAGUUUGAUUUCUUCUUGAAAAACAGUUUCGCUGUUCUGUUCUUUUUGUUCUUCCUAUUUGAACUCAGCAUGACUGGGUUUGCCUUCUUGUUAUCAGCUUUCAUUCGUAAAUCAUCUUCGGCAACAACAGUCGGCUUUUCCGUAUUUAUUGUCGGCUUCAUGACUCAGAUGGUGUCAACAGUCGGAGGAGGAGAUCUAAAAAUUUUCCCUGCUCGUUACCGAAGUUUAUGGUUAUUGUUUCCGCCUAAUCCUUUUGCUCAAGGCUUGAGUGUGCUUGCAACGGCUGUUUCAACUCCUGAAGAUAAUGGGGUUAGCUGGAAUAGACGAGGAAAAUGUGCCGUUAACGACGAUGACUGUGUGAUGACAAUGAAUGAUAUUUAUAUACGGCUUGCAGCCACAUUCUUUCUGUGGUUCGUUCUGGCCAUCUACUUUGACAAUAUAAUCCCAAAUGAAAUGGGUGUUAGGAAAUCUGUGUUAUACUUUCUAAAUCCUCGUUAUUGGACAGGAGAUGGAGGACAAAAAGUGAAAGAGGGUGGGCUUUGUAGUUGCAUAUCUUCCUCCCGGCAUGAAGAGUUUAGUCCACCAGAUGAUGAAGACGUCCUUGAAGAAGAAAAUGUUGUGAAGCAGCAACAAACACAAGGUGUCGUUGAUGAAAAUGUUGCUGUUCAGGUACAAGGCAUUGUGAAGACUUACCCCGGUACAUUUAAGUUUGGUUGCUGCUGUAACUGUAAAAGAACUGCUCCUUACCACGCUGUUAAGGGCUUGUGGGUGAACUUUACAAAGAAUCAGUUAUUUUGUCUUUUGGGACCCAAUGGAGCGGGAAAAACUACAGCUAUUAGUUGUUUGACAGGGAUAACUCCAGUAACUGAUGGAGAUGCAUUGAUUUAUGGAAAUUCGGUCCGAAGCUCUAGUGGCAUGUCAAACAUUCGAAAGAUUAUUGGAGUGUGUCCCCAGUUUGAUAUCCUAUGGGAUGCUUUGUCUGGUCAAGAACACCUCGAACUCUUCUCUAGAAUUAAAGGGCUGUCCCCAGAUUCUAUAAAAUCAAUUACAGAAACAUCAUUGGCAGAGGUGAGACUCACGGAUUCAGCCAAAGUAAGAGCUGGAAGUUACAGUGGAGGAAUGAAACGUCGUCUCAGUGUUGCAAUUGCACUUAUCGGUGACCCCAAAUUAGUCAUUUUGGAUGAACCGACUACUGGUAUGGAUCCAAUAACAAGGAGGCAUGUGUGGGACAUAAUUGAAAAUGCAAAAAAAGGGCGUGCCAUUGUUCUCACAACACAUUCUAUGGAAGAAGCUGACAUUCUAAGUGACCGUAUAGGAAUCAUGGCAAAGGGAAAGCUGCGCUGCAUUGGAACCUCAAUCAGAUUGAAGUCACGUUUUGGUACUGGCUUUAUUACUAAUAUUAGCUUCGGAAACAACAAUGAUCACAGUCCUGCAAAUGGUGACACAGUAUCAGCAAGACAUCACGAGCCUGUGAAGCAAUUCUUUAAGAAUCAUUUGGAUGUAGUACCAAAAGAGGAGAACAAUAACUUCCUAACUUAUGUGAUUCCUCAUGAAAAAGAGGCACUCCUUACGAAUUUCUUUUCAGAGCUCCAAGAUAGAAAAGAAGAAUUUGGCAUAUCUGACAUCCAGCUUGGUCUAACAACUCUUGAAGAAGUUUUCUUGAAUAUUGCAAAGCAAGCAGAGCUAGAAAGUGCUGCAGCCGAAGGGACCCUAGUGACUUUGACCUUGACAUCUGGAGAGUCUGUCCAGAUUCCUGUGGGAGCUAUGUAUGUGGGAUUUCCCGGAUCAGAGUCUACUGAAUACCCCACAGGUUUUAUGGUAGAAGUGCAUUGGGAGCAAGAUGACACCGGUACCCUUUGUGUUGCCGGCCACUCCCAGAAAGCUCCUAUUCCUCAAAAUAUCCAACUACCAUCUGCUACUGCAAGACAACGCCGGUCAGGGUCAGUUCAUGGAGUUGUGAUUGAUCCAAAUCAAGUUAGUUCAGACAGUUUUCAAUGAUUCAUGCUCAGUGAUUUUGGGACACACCCUCUUGAUAGAAAAAUUAAAGGAAAAAGAGAAUGGAUUGAUAUUUCACAGUAAUUUUUUUUUUUUUUUCGGUUACAAGGUUUCGCUUGUAUAUGUUUUGUCAGUUGGUACCUCGAUGGGCAAUCGGAUAUGUCUAGAUGGAAGAAUUUGGAGGGGAAAGGAUGACUUACUUUUUUUACUUUAAAUAUAAAUUCAACGUAAUUAAAAUGUUGCAUGAUCAUAUUUUAUGUAAUUCUACUAAUAUUUUUAAAUUUUUAAAAUCUCAAA